CUUGAGCAGCUGUUCAACGGUGGCAGGUCAGGAGUACGCGUAAGGUGGCGGACAUGUCCCUGGGGGUCCGCGGUGUCUGGUGGUGACUCCGGUGGGUGACCAUCUCCAGAAGAUGAUCACACCGCUUCCCCACGCUCACAGCACUGCAAGACACGCUGCACAACGCGAUGCGGCUCAGGGUCCAACGAGGAGGCAACGGUCUCCUCUCUCCCUUCCGCUUAAAGCAUCUCCUCUCCCGGUUCACGUUGACGUUUCCUCCGAGUAGUUUUUUGGAGUCUUGUUGACACAUACGACGUUUGGCCCAUUUCUAGUCGCAAACUGGCAAGUGCACCAUGAUUUGAUCUUUAAAACGAAACAAGCGCUAAUAGGAGUCACCUGGAAGCACAUGAUGGCCAACGACCUGCAAACGGAUCCAGGCGGGCUGUCGGUCCUGCAGCAACUCGGCUUGGACCAGAACGCCGACCUCUCGGACUCCAGCGUGCAACAGCGCCUGGACGAGUACCGCGAGAGGAUCCGCCGGGAAAUCCGCAAGGAGCUCAAGAUCAAGGAGGGAGCGGAGAAUUUACGACGGGCCACCACCGACAAGAGAAAUGCCCAACAGGUGGACUCGCAGCUACGCAGUUCCAAACGCAAGCUCGAGAAUCUCCAAGACCAGCUGCAGGAGCUUGAUGCACUCAUUGUGGUCAAGGGACACAACGAGAACCAAGAUGCUGCUACGUCUCCAGGCUCAAUCAGCCGACCGUCCGCCAACCAACACCGCAUUGCUGCGUUGGAGCGCCAGCUAAACAUUGAAUUGAAGGUCAAACAGGGUGCCGAAAACAUGAUUCCCAUUUAUGCCAAUGGAGCCACCAAGGACAAGAAACUUCUUCAGACAGCUCAGCAGAUGCUACAGGACAGCAAGACAAAGAUCGACAUCAUCCGCAUGCAGAUCCGAAAGGCCAUGCAGGCCACGGAGCAAUCUGAGGAUGGCCAAUGUAAACCUGACCUGUGUGGGGUGGAGUUGCGCGUGGAGGAGCUGUGGCAUCAUUACCGCGUGGAGCACGCAAUGGCGGAGGGAGCGAAGAACAUGCUGCGAUUGCUUGGUGCAGGGAAGGUCCAAGAUAAAAAGGCCAUGGCAGAGGCGCAGUGUGGUCUGAGUGAGUCAUCCCAGCGUCUGGACCUGCUCAGGUGCUCUCUGGAGCAGCGGCUACUGGAGCUCCCAGAGGACCACCCCAAAACCUGUCUGAUCAAGGAAGAGCUGGCGUUGGCUUCCUCGUCAGCUUUCAGCAUCCGCCAAAGCACACCCUAUGUUCACAACCAGUACAGCACCCUGAGUAAACCAUCACCUCUCACAGGAACUCUUCAAGUUCAUCUUCUGGGCUGUGUGGGACUACCAGAGGUUGUCCCAGGCAGAAGCAGAGGGACCCCUGUGGUUCUUCCCGCUUAUUCCCCAGCAGAUGGACGCUCCUCCUUUAAACUAAGUGGCCUCUAUAGCCGCAGCACCAGUAGCAUGAGCCUGAAGAUCCCCGGCAAGAACGAUGAGCUGUCGAUGGAAGUGAGCGCCGUGCUGAAGCUGGAGAACGCAGUUGUAGGUCAGACCGCUUGGAGAACAUUCGGAGAUCAGACGUGGGACCAAAGCUUCACCGUGGAACUGGAGAGGUCCAGGGAGUUGGAGAUAGCUGUGUACUGGAGAGAUUACCGUUCCUUGUGCGCUCUCAAGUACCUGAAGCUGGAGGAGUUUUUGGAUAAUCAAAGACAUCGAGUAAAGCUAGCGCUGGAACCUCAGGGGCUGCUGCUGGCAGAGGUCACCUUUUUCAACCCAGUAAUAGAGCGAGGCCGAAGACUCCAGAGACAAAAGAAUGUCUUUUCCAAACAACACGGUAAGGCGUUCCUGCGUGCCCGCCAGAUGAACGUGGACAUCAGCACAUGGGUUCGCCUUUUGCGGAAUGCCAUCCCGAGUGGAAGCAAUUCACCCGCAUACACACCUGGCUUUUCAAGCAACACACACACCUCUGGAGAAAUUUCAGUUGAAAAGCUAAAUCUGGACGCAGAAUCUCCCCUCAAAGCUGAGAUCAGUGCGCAGCAGACGGCCGUCAUCGAGUCACCGUCCACGCCGGAUGUUCCUGUUCCUGACCCCCCGACCGGAUCACAGUCUCGAGACUCCUUGCGCAGAGCAAGCAGAGGCCCCGUUUGCUUGCAGGAUUUCAAGCUGAUAGCGGUGCUCGGCAGGGGGCACUUUGGCAAGGUGCUGUUGUCGGAAUCCAAGCGAACAGGAGACCUGUACGCCAUCAAAGCUCUGAAAAAAGGAGACAUAGUCACACGGGAUGAAGUGGAAAGUCUGAUGUGCGAGAAGCGCAUCUUUGAAACCGUCAACAGCUCCCACCAUCCGUUCCUGGUCAACCUGUUUGCGUGUUUCCAGACGCCAGAACACGUGUGUUUCGUCAUGGAGUACACGGCAGGAGGGGACCUCAUGAUGCACAUCCACGCGGACGUCUUUUCAGAGCCACGUGCUGUGUUCUACUCCGCUUGUGUGGUCUUGGGUCUCCAAUUCCUUCAUGACCACAAAAUUGUUUAUCGAGAUCUGAAGUUGGACAACCUGCUGCUUGAUAUCAAUGGUUACGUAAAAAUAGCCGACUUUGGGCUUUGUAAAGAAGGCAUGGGUUAUGGGGACAGGACCAGCACAUUUUGUGGGACGCCCGAGUUUUUGGCCCCGGAAGUACUGACAGACACCUCGUAUACCCGAGCAGUCGACUGGUGGGGCCUCGGGGUGCUCGUCUAUGAGAUGUUGGUCGGAGAGGUGAGUCGCUCUGAUUAUUUUAAAAAAGUGACUGAGCAGCAACACGUAGGAAAUAAUAGACGUGCAUUUUUUUUUCAGUCUCCCUUCCCAGGUGAUGAUGAAGAGGAGGUUUUUGACAGCAUCGUGAAUGAUGAAGUACGCUACCCGCGCUUUCUCUCCACCGAUGGCAUUGGCAUUAUGAGGCGGCUACUAAGAAGGAAUCCUGAAAGGCGGCUUGGCUCUGGAGAAAAAGAUGCUGAGGAGGUCAAAAAACAGCCUUUCUUCAGAGAUACGGACUGGGACGCCCUCCUUCAUCGCAAAGUCUCGCCUCCUUUCAUCCCGUCCAUCGCAGGAAAAGAAGACGUCAGCAACUUUGAUGUGGAGUUUACAGCCGAGGCGCCGACCCUCACGCCGCCCCGCGAGCGACGCACCCUCUCCCGAAAGGAACAAGACUAUUUUAAGGAUUUUGACUAUGUGUCUGACCUCUGCUAGGGUCUGGCAAUCUCAAACACUGAGGAGAUGAGGACGGAUGGGGAUGGCUUUCUGCGGGAAUGAACAGCUGGCUUGGAUCGGUGCAUCGGCCGUUUUGUGAUCACGUGUCUCGCACAUCUGUAGUGUCACUGACCUGCUGACCUUUUAGACAAUCUGGAGGGGCGUUUAGAGGAAAUUGAGAAGACAAUUGAAGAUAAUCCAGAUUAUGUAGCAACUGAGUUGACUGGUCGUGCUGUGUGGAAUCAAUAUCGAAUCGUCAUCAUUGUCAACGGAAUGCUCAUUGAGCCAAAAAGUAUCAAUUGGAAGCUGAUUAACGUCAGGGUAGAUUUUUUUUUUUGUCUUUUUUGUCUGCUGUGCACUGCUGCCAGGUGUCCUUCUGACCCAGGGCUCAGUUAUAAAUGAAUGUACGACGUAUCAUGCGCAACUUGAAAAUGAACACUUGAGGGCGCCAAAGAAAAAAAAUGCUUACUGUCAGUCAAUUUCUGUUGAUCGCGUCGGAGACAACACGUGAUGCUCUUUAAUAAAAGACGGCAAAUUUGUAAUAAUA